AUGGCUUGGGCUCUUGUUUCUGCUAUCAAGGACCAGCCUAGUUCUUUCAUUACUUCUGAGUUCACUUCGAUUGCUAAUGUCAAGGGAGAAGUUCAAAAUCUUGAAAGCAAAUUCCACACCAUCCAGAUGGACGAUGUGUUGGAUGAGUGGAACACUGCCAUGAUCAAAGCAGAGAUUGAGAAACAACAAAAAGAAUUCGAAGAAGAAAAAGCUGAAACUAGUGCUAAGAAAAGGAAGGCAAGAGUAGUGAAGAGGAAAGAAACCUCCAUGUCAUCUCUUUGGAGCAUCCUAAUAGGCAAGAGUAGUGAAGAGGAAAGAAACCUCCAUGUCAUCUCUUUGGUGGGCAUGGCUGGUAUUGAGAAAACUAGUCUUGCCCAACUAGCCUUUAAUCAUUGUCUAGUGAAGGCCCAUUUUGAUAUAAGAAUUUGGGUUUGUGUUUCCGAACCUUUUGAUCAAUGUAAGGUUGCCAAAGCAAUCAUUCAAGUUUUUGGAGUUGGUGACUCCAACGUUACAGAAUUGCAAAGUCUAUUGGAACAAAUAUGUGAAUUGAUUAAGGGAAGGAAGUGUUUUCUUGGUAUUGACUAUGAGUGGACUGAAGACUCCACAUUGUGGGAGCCAUUCAGGCUUGCACUCCAAAAUGGUGCCCCAGGUAGUAAAAUUCUGAUCACCACACGUAAAAACAUAGUUGCAAAGAUGAUGGGUAGUACAUACACAAUCAAUUUAGAAGUACUUUCUAACAAAGACUGUUGGUUGGUGUUUAGUAAAAUAGCACUUUGUGAUAAGAAUUUUGAGGAGUGUAAGCAGCUAGAGCACAUUGGUAGAAAAAUAGUGAAGAAGUGUAAAGGCUUGCCACUUGCUGCAAAGUUGUUCCUUAAGUAA